AUGACUUCAACGGCUCCAAAGACUCUCUACCCAAUCAGAACAACUGGUCAAUCAUCAAACGCAGGUCCCAACACCGGCAACAACGAAGGCCAAACCUACACCUCAAACACCACCAACAACGUAUCUUUGAACGGAUCUGGCAUUCUCUACAUCGAGCCCCAGAAAGACGGAAACGGCCACUGGAAAUCAGCUCGCUUGGAAGGAAAAUCAGCUUUCUCCUGUCCAGCAGGACACAGAAUGCUUCUCCAAGCUGAGAUCCGCACUGGCACGUUCCCAUACAGCAGCCAAGCAGGAAUCCGGCCAGCGUUCCGUGCACUCGGGAAGGAUGAUCGCAACGAUGGGAAGAAUUUGUUUACGGUGACGGCAGCGCAGGUCAAUGAUCCUGUGCUUUCGGGAAAUGUAGCGCAUAAGGCUUUCUUUCCGAUUUUGAAUGUGGCGGUGGGCAGUAACUUUCCGAAUGAUGACGGGCAGCCGGAUGGGAAUACUGUGAAUGGACCGGGUAGUGGGAUGCAGGUCAAGUCUAGGACGGAGGUCUAA